GCGACGCGUCAAGGACGGGGCGUCGCGACGCCCGGCGCCCCGGCGUCGUCGACCGACGCGCGUACGACUCGCGUUGGCCCUUUGGUAACCGCUGGGAUACGCGAGUAUCCGGCUCGCAAGAUUCAAGGGGACCCCGCGAUCCAGCGCGCGUCCGCUGAGAGGACGAUGCGUCGACGGAAACCGAAGACCGAGAGAACGUUAGAGCCGCGAGAGGGUCGAGCGACUUGUGUGUCGACAGCGCCGUCGAAUGUCGAGUCUCGGGCGGUAAAAGACGAUGGCCGACUCCGAUAAAGACUUCAUACAGUGCUUAGUAUGCGACAGUAAAAUCGGGGUAUCCACUAGAAACAGCAUACGCAUCUUCGAUGAUUCCAGCUACACGGUAACUGAUAAGGCGCUAGUGGAUGUUAUAUCAGCCGUUCUAGAAAUCGACAUCAGCGAGGAUUCCGUGCAUUCUCUCGUCAUUUGCAAGAAAUGUUUCAAGCUGUUCAACGAGGUUGACGAGCUUGAGAGUAAAUUGAGCGAGAUCAAAAUGGAGUUGUGCAACAAUUAUAAAAAGACGGUGGAAGUUAAAAAAUUAUGCGACAUCUUUCAAAAUGAGGAGGACGACUGUAAUCAUGAGGAGGACUAUAACGAUCAUGACUAUACAGACAAUACGGAAGGCCAGAACAUCUUAAUCGAAGAGGUGGAAGAGACUAAAGAAGAUUACUCGCUAGAGGACGAUACAGAGAUGCAAGAAGAGGAAGCACAAGAAUUGCUUGUAGAAUCGGAAGAUCCCGCGGUUGAAGAAACAGACAAGACAAAUAUCCUCGACGACAAGAAGAAGUCGAAGAAGAUCAAAGUUGAAGCAAAUCUGCAGGAAACUAUUGUACUGCGAAAUGAUUCUUCGUACACGUGUUUCUUGUGCGAGGAUGAGAAGGUCACAACGGAUGCUAAGACCAUUGUAGCGCACAUGAAGGAUAUCCACGACGUUCGUCUGUACAUUUGCGACGUGUGCGGGCAGGAUUUCAGAAAGAGGAACGAACUCUCCAUGCACCUCGACGAUCACGUCGCGAAGGAGGAGGGGGAUUUUCAGUGCGAGAUAUGCAACAGAAUUUUUAGUAAUCUGCGACUGUUCCGAAUUCACAAGAGGAUACAUUAUCCCCAGGUGAAGUCGUGGCCCUGCAGCACGUGUGGGAAGAGAUACAAUUCAAAAAAUUUAUUAGAUGAACACACGAACACGCACAUGGGUGUUCGUCCAUACGUGUGCAACGUCUGUAACAAAGACUUUGCAUCGAAAUAUACGUAUAAGGCGCACAUAAAAACACACGAAGUACGACCUCGUCCCUUUGAGUGCACCCGGUGCAACAAAACGUUUUUGAGCCAGCAAAAUUUGACCCAGCAUGAACGAACGCACAAUGGCGUAAGGGAAUAUAUAUGCCAUCAGUGCGGAAAGGCUUUUACCUCGUCUCACAAUUUGGAGGUACACAAUAUAGUACAUACCGGAUACAAACCCUAUAAGUGCAACAUGUGCGGUAAAGCGUUUGCACGCAAAGCGGAGAUACGUGAUCACGAGAGAACUCACACGGGUGAGAAGCCUUAUCAGUGCGAGUAUUGUGGAGCGACAUUUAGUCAGCGGUCGAAUUUACAAUCCCACAAGCGGGCGACGCAUUACAACGAUAAACGUUACAAGUGUGACAAUUGUGGAAAGGGUUUCAAAAGAAGAAGAUUACUGGAUUAUCAUAUAAAAGCGGCGCAUACCGGCGAAAGACCGUACAAAUGUGACGUAUGUUCGGCCACGUUUGUCUAUCCCGAACAUUUUAAGAAGCACAGACGUAUACAUACAGGCGAGAAACCGUAUAAUUGCGAGGUCUGCGGCAAAGCAUUUAAUAGCAGGGACAACAGAAACGCUCAUAGAUUCAUACAUAGCGAUAAAAAGCCAUACGAAUGCCUGGUCUGUGGCAUGGGCUUCAUGAGAAAGCCAUUACUUUAUGGACACAUGCAAGCUCAGGGUCACUUGAAUGAUACCAUAGUGGUGAACCAACCGCGAUUAACAACGGAAGAUAAUCAAGUAAUAACUAUUUCCAAUAGUUCUGCCGAACUAUUGAUGGAGGAAGUGAACGAACAGUUGGAUGAAACUGGAUUAUAUGUGACCGAACUGAAAGAUCAUGUGAUUAUACAACAAGAAGGGGAAGAUCAGAUAUAUAAUGAAGAGGAUGUUGUAUUAAAUAUACCGGCAGAAGAAACCGUGAGCGGCGAUGUAGACCCUCUUGUCGAAGAUCAGAUUGACUUUGUGGAGAGUGACACUACAGACAAUAAAUGUGAUGUUAAUCAAGUGGAAACGGUAUACGCUUAUAACGAGAGUGAGGAGGGUGAGGCAAUAGUUGUACCAGCUGCUUCACAAGGAGAAGACAAGAAUGUGCGAUUAGUGCAGAUUAGAUUUCCAGCUGGCGUUGACGGAGAGGGCAGAAGCUGGUUGAGCUUAGUACAAAAUACUUGAAUUUUUCUAUAAUCCAAUAUGCUGUAUAAUUUACUAGGCUUGAGAGUAUAAACUGACUGGAAUAAAUGGAAUAAGAUGAUGUAUAACUUAUACAACAUUUGUAAUAGAACAGUUUGGGAUAUUAGGAUAUUAGGACAUUAGUAAUAUAGGCUUCAUUUCAAUUGUUGAAUUAUUGCUUUAACGUUCUUAUGAUACAUUUCUAUAUAAAAAAUUCAUCAAUUCAAGUGAAGUGACGAUUACUUUUAGUUGGAAUUCAGCCAAGAUAAAUUUAAUCCAAAAGUUAAAUGUCAAUAAAUUUAUUAUAAUCUACUAAA